GAAUUGAAUAUUUAGCAGAACAACAAGAGCAUUAACUUUGCACUACGUAAAAUUGUGUGGAAGCUAAAAUGGGUGUUUGGUGUUUGAUGGUCGCUGCUGUGCUCUGCCAUACUCAAUGGUCGAUUAGUGGGGCAUCAGUUAGUAACUUACUAGAAGGAUGUGAAGUAUCUCAAUUUGACCAAGUGGAAGACGCUGUGCAAAAAUGUGACACCAUCAUAUUUGAUAACCUUUUCGUACCAGCUGGUGAAACUCUGAACUUGCAGUUGAGAUAUAAUUCUACAGUUUAUUUCAGAGGAAACACCACUUUUGGCUAUUCUGAGUGGGAUGGUCCCCUGGUAGCCAUCAGUGCCACUAAUUCAGUUAUUGAAGGAGAGGAUGGUUCCAGUUUCAAUGGCCAAGGCGAGCUUUAUUGGGAUGGACUGGGCAUUUGGGGAAGCUUAAAGCCAAACUUUUUCCAACUGCGGUUACAUAACACCGUAAUGAGCAACAUUGUUGUCCUGAAUCCUCCCAAACACAGUGUUAUAUUGCAAGAUUCUACUAACGUUGAACUGAUAGCAUGGACUAUUGAUGCAUCUGCAGGAGCUGAGACUGGAGGAGUUGAAGUUGGACAAAACACUGACGGAUUUAUAGUGAAAAAUUCCACAUAUGUAGUUUUGCAGAACUCUGUCGUCUACAAUCAGGGUGACUGUGUAGGCCUCUGCAGUGGAGCACAUAUUCUGGUUGAUGAUGUUAUAUGUUACGGUGGACACGGUCUUACACUCUCAGUGGGUCUAUCAGCAGAUAAUGUCGAGCUGAACACUCUCGUAAACGUAACAUUUAUCAACUCAAUCCUCUCUGGUGGUAAGAAUGCAAUUCACAUCAAAACGCACGUCGAUGGAGGUGCGGGAAAAAUUGAGAAAGUCGUAUAUAAAAAUAUUGAAUUCGUCGGGCCCAGUGAAUAUGGCAUAAUCAUCCAGGAAAACUAUAAGAACCUGCUGGCAAACGAUACGUUGCCCGUAGAGCCCAAAAACAAUAUUCCCAUUACAGAUUUACAGCUUAUUAAUAUUGUGGGGUCUGUGGCUAGUUCGGCUAUUCCAGUCUACAUCUUGUGUGCAGAAAAAGGAUGCUCUGAUUGGACGUUCAGCCAAGUGUCAGUAGUCGGUAGCGAAGCGAACAGCUGCAACUAUGAACCAUCUGGAUUUUUUUGUUGAUUAAUAAAAAUUGUACGACGAGAAAUGUGGAAUAAAUUGGGUAAUAUCCCAUUUUAAGUACGCAAUUUGCUACUUUUUGAAGGGAA